AUGAGGAGAGAGUAUGGUUCUGUUUCCGCGAAAUCGCUUCCGUUGUCCUUGUCGAAGGAAGCUAAAGAGGUGGUCCACGCGGCAGUCAAUGGAGCCGAGGAAGUGCGUAUGGAGGUGAACUCGUGGGCUUUACGUCACACCAAUGGUCUCAUCAAAAAUCUUCUACCUCCUGGAUCUGUUACAAACCAAACCAUUAAGAUUUAUGGAAACGCACUGUACUUCAAGGGAGCUUGGGAAAACAAAUUCGGUAAGUCAAUGACGAUACACAAACCUUUCCACCUUGUCAAUGGCAAACAAGUACUUGUGCCUUUCAUGAAAAGCUAUGAAAGAAAAUAUAUGAAGGCUUACAAUGGUUUCAAGGUCCUUAGAAUACUACAAUACCGAGUAGACUAUAAGGAUACAAGUCGCCAAUUCUCAAUUGACAUGGAUCUUAAUGUUUUGAUUGAGAUCGAUGAAGAAAGUGCAGAAGCUGCGGCUGCUACUGCUCUAGCUUGCACAGUUGCACUUGUGUGGCUGCAGCGCUAUUAUGCCGCCUCCUCCCAUAGAUUUUGUGGCAGAUUAUCCAUUUCUUUUCUUGAUUAG